AUGCAAAAAAGAUGGGACCUGACUUAUAACCAGCUAAAGGAGAAGUUCAUAGCGUGGGGCAAGAAGUAUGGAAUUGAGGAUAAAGUGACUGAUUACAUCGCUAAAAGAGAGAAGAGAAGGAAACAACAUCGUGCAAAAUAUCUUCGACUUAUCAAAGCUCUACCUAUUCUCAGCGAUGAGCUCCUGAGCAUAGUGGAAAACCUUGUUGUGCCCUUGAUGAAGAUAAAAACUGAGAAGGACCAAUUUAAAUCGGAUUACGAAGUUGUAAGUCGAGAAAAUCAAUGGAAAGUGAAAGGAAAAUUCUUCUGCUUUGCCAUUUAG